GCGGCGGUAGCGCGCGCGGCCCUGGCGACUAGGGGAAGCCGGUGGCGGCGGCGGCGGAACGGGCGGAGGCUGCGGGUUUCGUAACUAUUGCUCCUCCUCGCUGACUCGUGGGCUGCGAGGCCUGGGUCGGGUCGGGCCGCGCCACGCGGGGCCGCUCGGAGUGGAGGCCGCCUGGGGGCGGGCGGGCCGGAGGCUCAGGUAUAUGUGAAGAUUUCUUGGCAGUGUAGAGUGGAAACCAUUGAUCACCUUGCCCUCAUUUCUGCCUAUUCUGUUGGCAAGGGAGAGUGCCCAAAUGAGCAAGAUAUCACAGCAGAACAGUACUCCUGGAGUGAAUGGAAUAAGUGUUAUUCAUACUCCGGCUCAUGCCAGCGGCUUACAGCAAGUUCCUCAGCUGGUGCCCGCUGGCCCUGGGGGAGGAGGCAAGGCUGUACCUCCAAGCAAGCAAAGCAAAAAGAGUUCUCCCAUGGAUCGAAACAGUGAUGAGUAUCGUCAGCGCAGAGAGAGGAACAACAUGGCUGUGAAAAAGAGUCGGUUGAAAAGCAAGCAGAAAGCACAGGAUACACUGCAGAGAGUGAAUCAGCUCAAGGAAGAGAAUGAACGGUUGGAAGCAAAAAUUAAAUUACUGACUAAGGAAUUGAGCGUACUGAAAGAUUUGUUCCUUGAGCAUGCACACAACCUUGCAGACAACGUGCAACCCAGUAGCACUGAAAAUAUGACAAAUUCUGAUAAUGCAGGACAGUAGACCUCACCCCUUCCAAACUUCACAACUUGUGGCUUGAACGUUGAAGGUGUGACUGCACCAUUCAUAUCAAUGGCUGACCACUGUCUUGUUCCUUUAUUCAAAGAUCCAUUGAAGAUUGUUUUCUAGGAUCAGCACUGAAGAGUUGAUUAUCUAAAAAUAUUAGCCAUGUAAUUCGAGUAUCUGGUUUUAAAUGAUACGGAUUUUUGUGGGGAUAAAGAAACAAAUUUUUAAGGUAUAUGGUAAAAAAAAAAAAAAAAAAAAAAAAAAAAAAAAAAGCCCUGGACCUUGAUGUUCUUAAUAAAUCUUGACUUCCUAAGAAAUGCUUUUUUAGGUUGGCAAAAGGAAUGGGGAACUGGUAGGGCAUGCCGAAGGUUCUUGGUUGGUUUUAAUGGAUAUGGUUAGUUGAAUUAAGAAAAGUUGAAUGCCAUCUGUUAAUCUGUAAUUUUAUUCUAAGUUUAAGUAGUACAAAUCCUUAGGCUGUAGAAACCAAUUACUUUGUAAUUUGGAGUGAUUUUAUGUAUAGCAUAAACCUUGGUUUAGAAUAAUUAGUACUGUUUCCUCCAACAAGUACAAGGUUUUGAAUAGUGAUGUCAGGUUAAAUAAAGAAACACCAUUGCAUUUUAAAGGGAGUAUGGUUUAAAAAUAUAAAUAACAAUUGGUUUAAAAAUAUAAAUAACAUUUAGUAAGCAAAUGGGUUUUUAAAAAAAAUAAAAGUAAAGCAUAUUGGAAUUAUACUUUUGGGAUACCUUUGGGUAUUUGAUUGGCAUUUUUUUGUAUCCUAAACAACACUCCAAAACAACCCAAUAGUUUAGAGAAACCUGUGUUACCAAAAUUUUAGUUUCUGCAGAUGCUAGAAAGUAAGCAUCUUUUUUUAAAUACUAUUUUGACAGCCAAGUUAGUAAACAAAAUAUCUUAACAGUUUGAUCACACAAGCUACUGAUUAGGAUUUGGAAUAUUAAUUCAGCAUGUAGUUUCUCCUGGGUUCAGAUACCAUCAAUGGGGCCAUGAUUUUCAAAGGCAAAAAUUUCUUGUGAAGGAUCAUUUGGUAUUUGAUCUUGACCAACUGAUUAUUAGAAAAAUGCAUCAUCAACUCCAUGCCAUCUCCCAAAAUAAUAGUCUAAGAAAACUUGAAAGUGUAAGGUUUAACCUUUAAUUUAUUUUGCUUAAAUGCAUCUUUUUAUAUUUUUGUGGGCUGUUCUUCUAGACUUUUUGUACCACUACUUCUGUUUAGUUAUUUUAUGCUCUUAUGUCCCAUAAAUUAUUUUAGAAAGAAAAUAGUCAUAAAACUCAGGAUAUUGACAUUUUUGUUGAGAAUAAAAAAUGGCAAGCACUAAAGUUGAGAUUCUCUAGUCUGGUUUAUAUCAAUGUUGGUAGUUUUGAUUGUCCUUGACUUUUUUUUUUUUAAAGCACAAUUCUAGCUCAAAUUUGUUGGCUUUGUAGGGUUGGGUUUUUUGUUUGUUUUUUUCUUUGGUGCCUGGUCUGGUGACAAGAAACAGAGUCAUGUCUGAUUAAAAAGUUUGUGUUACCAGGUAUCGUAUUGAACAUGGUCAUUUUUGGCCCCUUGGCUGUUUCAUGGUAGGACUGGGGCAGUGUAACUAGCAUGUAACUCAAGUUGCACCCUUGGGUUGGUAGAAGAGUGCUGUCUGCUCUUCUGGGCAGAAGACAUCACAGUUCCCUGAAACUCGCCAAAGCCAUUAUUAAGGCCAUGGGUGCGCCAGGAGCCCCUUCUGCAAGUAACAGGAGCCCAGUGUAAUUUUCCAUGAGUCGCUGUCCCAGGAGGUAGAGUUUCCGGGCAGGAUUUCCUGCCCAUUCUCAGGAAUUUUUUUCGCUUUCCCUUUCCCGAAUCCCAAGAUAUAAACUGUUUUCUGUUCUCCACGAUGAAUCGUUUCCACAGUGACAGCCGAUACUACCAACCACCUGGGU